GAGCGUAGGAAUCGACUUUCUGCCUCGCCGCGUGAGAAUCCUUCCUUUAUAAUUUGUAUAAGGAUUCCACGUCCCCCGCGCCCCAACCCUCCAUUACAAGCCGGGACGAGGAAAAUCCGAGCGAGCCAUGCGAGAGGAUGUCAUUGGACGACGACGCAGGAGGAUGGACACAUGCACCCAAUAACGGGACGGUAAAAGGGGAUGGCCCCGCAACAGAUGACGUGAGGAAUAUCCGACGAGAGGAGCCAGAAAGAUCGUUUCUUUCUCUUUUUGUUUUUGCAUCGCAAACACAACUGCCUAAGCACACGAUUAAAAGCAACGCGCCGUAACCCACUCCCGACACAACCAAAACAGAAGAGGGAUAGUAUUUCGAACAAAAGAAUAUGGAUUCUUGUCUUUGUAGACUUUUUCUUGAUAAGGUCUCGGGAUUAGAGACUAUUAGGUUUCAGGAUGAUACUACGCGACAAGCCGGAGCAGUGCAGGACCAGGUGUUGUCCUCGAUGGGAGACAGUUCUUCCGUGAAGGAGCAGGAGUUUGCGUUUUGUAUCAUUGUCUUUACUUGUGCCCGGGGCAAGAGCAUGCAAGAGAUAGAGACUCAUCUCGGUGAACGGCUAGGAGAGGACUGGCAGGUUGCUCAGUUGUUCUAUUCCGAAGUUAGCAAAGAAGCGGUAGGCCAUCGAUGUGGUAUGGUGACAAUACGAGCGCCGUGGUGGGUUUCUCAUUCCCUAGACAGGGUCUUUUCUUCUUUUGCAGGCAUGCCUUGGGACAGAGAGUUGACAGUAUUCCCACCCUCAGCUGGUGUCUUUGAGUUCGAUCUUUUCCAAGGACCUUGUCCUACCAGGUCCUCAUUCUGUGCUGAAAAGGAAGGCAGUGUCCCUGCAACUGUUGGCCAAGAAUGUUCCCAACUCUCCCCCUUCAUCUCGCCCACCUCGAUGCGCAAGCAAGCACUUCAAAAAAACGCAAGCAUGCGGCCACCCAAACUCAGCGAGAGAAUAACCUUGAAUAAAUUGUUUCCUAAUGUCGACUUUAAUCGUAUAUCUAGUCAUUUGGCGCUCGACGACCGACCAAGCCACUCGAGCACCGAUGACUAUGAUAAUAAUAUAUAUUGUUCAAACUUUGUUUUACACACUUUCCCUGCUGGUUACAUACACAUCGGCAUUUCCCAGUAUUUUCCUUAUCAAUCGGCAUUUAAUAAUUUGAGCUACGACGUUAACGACAACUUCGACGUCCCGCUCGCCCUAGCUCUUCCGCCCGAGACACCGCCUGGUCAAUCUGAUGCUCUCACCUGCCGGGGCGGUUGGGGGCCUCGACGCCGACGACGGCAGUGUGCACCUGCCCGAUCCGACAUUUGCAGCCAAGAGUGUUGCCAGCCCAAGGCUAAAAGUCGAGCGGUCGAGGCCAGCAUUCUCACGUUAUCAUGCAACACUCCAAAAAGCGACGUUUAUUGGAUUUGGGCCAGGUUUAGCCAUGGGCUGAGUUACUUGGUUGUCAAGUUCUGCGCAUAUUACUUGAACAUAACACAAAAGAUCAAAAACUAUAACGACGCCUUCAUUCGUUGGCGCUCUUCCGACUUUGGUGAGUGUACAGCCAGGGGCGCACCCAAUAAGCCCCUGGAGGUCAUUCACCAGCCACGCCGGCCAGCCGUGCAAGAAACCGCUUUCAUGGGAACUCACGCCGGAGAACCUCGAGGGGGACCAACAGCCCGUGGUGUCGACGAACGGAGACCGCUCACGAUCCAUGCCGCCAUUCGUGAGCAGCAGGAAGGCAUGUCCCAUGCACUCGACCGAAUGUGUCGGAGAUAUUAAAGACAAAACUAAACUAAGAGAUAUAAUAAGAAUCAUGUAACAGAAUGAUAAAUAGUAUAGUGUAAAGCGAGUCAUAGAUGAUAUAGGGUAAAGCCGGUAUAAAUUGAAUAACACAAACUUAACACAA